GAGAGAGAGAGGAAGAGAGAAGAGAGGGAGAGAAGAGAAGAGGAGGAGGCGGCGGCGGAGGAGGAUUAGUGUGGGGUGGAAAGGAAGAGUGAGCGAGCAAGAGCAAGUUGAGGGUUGGGGGUGUAAGAGCCGGCGAAUUCUUUUUCUUUUUCUAUUAUUAUUUUGACGACUCUCGAGUUGCGCCCAUGCUCUUGUCAGCUUCGUUUUAGGCGUAGCACGGCCAGGCAGAAGAAAAUGGGGCAAAGCGUGCUCCGGGCGGUCUUCUUUUUAGUCCUGGGGCUUUUGGGUCAUUCUCACGGAGGAUUCCCCAACACCAUCAGCAUAGGUGGACUUUUCAUGAGAAACACCGUGCAGGAGCACAGUGCUUUCCGCUUUGCUGUGCAGUUAUACAACACCAACCAGAACACCACUGAGAAGCCCUUCCAUUUGAAUUACCACGUAGACCACUUGGAUUCCUCCAAUAGUUUUUCUGUGACUAAUGCUUUCUGCUCCCAGUUCUCCAGAGGGGUGUAUGCUAUCUUUGGAUUCUAUGACCAGAUGUCAAUGAACACCCUGACCUCCUUCUGUGGGGCCCUCCACACAUCCUUUGUCACACCUAGCUUUCCUACUGAUGCAGAUGUGCAGUUUGUCAUCCAGAUGCGUCCAGCAUUGAAGGGUGCCAUUCUCAGUCUUCUGGGUUACUACAAGUGGGAGAAGUUUGUGUACCUCUAUGACACAGAACGAGGGUUUUCCAUCUUACAAGCAAUUAUGGAGGCAGCAGUGCAAAACAAUUGGCAAGUGACAGCAAGGUCUGUCGGAAACAUAAAGGACGUCCAAGAAUUCAGACGCAUCAUUGAAGAAAUGGACAGAAGGCAAGAAAAACGAUACUUGAUUGACUGUGAAGUCGAAAGGAUUAACACAAUUUUGGAACAGGUUGUGAUCCUGGGAAAACAUUCAAGAGGUUAUCACUACAUGCUUGCAAACCUGGGUUUUACUGACAUUUUACUGGAAAGAGUCAUGCAUGGAGGAGCGAAUAUUACAGGUUUCCAGAUUGUCAACAAUGAAAACCCAAUGGUUCAGCAGUUCAUACAGCGCUGGGUGAGACUGGAUGAAAGGGAAUUCCCUGAAGCCAAGAAUGCACCACUAAAGUAUACAUCGGCAUUGACACAUGACGCAAUACUGGUCAUAGCAGAAGCCUUCAGAUACCUGAGGAGGCAACGAGUGGAUGUAUCCCGCAGAGGCAGUGCAGGAGACUGCUUAGCAAACCCUGCUGUGCCCUGGAGUCAAGGAAUUGAUAUUGAGAGAGCUCUGAAAAUGGUGCAAGUUCAAGGAAUGACUGGAAACAUCCAAUUUGAUACUUAUGGACGUAGGACAAAUUAUACUAUUGAUGUAUAUGAAAUGAAAGUCUCAGGCUCUCGAAAAGCCGGUUACUGGAAUGAGUAUGAACGGUUUGUGCCCUUCUCAGAUCAACAAAUGAGCAAUGACAGCGCAUCCUCAGAGAACCGGACCAUUGUAGUGACUACCAUUUUGGAAUCACCAUAUGUAAUGUAUAAAAAGAAUCAUGAACAACUGGAAGGAAAUGAGCGCUAUGAAGGCUAUUGCGUUGAUUUAGCCUAUGAAAUAGCCAAACAUGUAAGGAUCAAAUACAAAUUGUCCAUUGUCGGUGAUGGGAAAUAUGGAGCAAGGGAUCCAGAGACUAAAAUAUGGAAUGGCAUGGUUGGGGAACUUGUCUAUGGAAGAGCUGAUAUAGCUGUUGCUCCACUUACUAUAACAUUGGUCCGUGAAGAAGUCAUAGAUUUUUCAAAGCCAUUUAUGAGCCUGGGAAUCUCCAUCAUGAUAAAGAAGCCUCAAAAAUCAAAACCAGGCGUAUUUUCAUUCCUGGAUCCUUUAGCUUAUGAAAUCUGGAUGUGCAUUGUCUUCGCUUACAUUGGAGUCAGUGUAGUUCUCUUCCUAGUCAGCAGAUUUAGCCCUUAUGAGUGGCACUUGGAAGACAACAAUGAAGAACCUCGUGACCCACAAAGCCCUCCUGAUCCUCCAAAUGAAUUUGGAAUAUUUAACAGUCUUUGGUUUUCCUUGGGUGCUUUUAUGCAGCAAGGAUGUGAUAUUUCUCCAAGAUCACUUUCCGGGCGCAUUGUUGGAGGGGUUUGGUGGUUCUUCACACUGAUCAUAAUUUCUUCCUACACUGCAAACCUUGCUGCUUUCCUGACUGUGGAGAGGAUGGUGUCCCCCAUAGAGAGUGCUGAAGACUUAGCCAAGCAAACUGAAAUUGCGUAUGGGACCCUGGAUUCUGGUUCAACAAAAGAAUUUUUCAGAAGAUCCAAAAUUGCUGUGUAUGAGAAAAUGUGGUCUUACAUGAAAUCAGCAGAGCCAUCUGUGUUUACCAAAACAACAGCUGACGGGGUAGCCCGAGUUCGCAAGUCCAAGGGAAAGUUCGCCUUCCUGCUGGAGUCAACCAUGAAUGAGUACAUUGAGCAGAGAAAGCCGUGCGAUACGAUGAAAGUUGGUGGAAAUCUGGAUUCCAAAGGCUAUGGUGUGGCAACCCCUAAAGGCUCAGCAUUAAGAACGCCUGUAAACCUUGCAGUAUUGAAACUCAGUGAACAAGGCAUCUUAGACAAGCUGAAAAACAAAUGGUGGUACGAUAAGGGGGAAUGUGGAGCCAAGGACUCCGGGAGUAAGGACAAGACCAGUGCUCUAAGCCUGAGCAAUGUGGCAGGCGUGUUCUAUAUACUUGUCGGAGGUCUGGGGCUGGCCAUGAUGGUGGCUUUGAUAGAAUUCUGUUACAAAUCACGGGCAGAGUCCAAACGCAUGAAACUCACAAAGAACACCCAAAACUUUAAGCCUGCUCCUGCCACCAACACUCAGAAUUACGCUACAUACAGAGAAGGCUACAACGUGUAUGGAACAGAAAGUGUUAAGAUCUAGGGGGUACGGUCAAGAUCCCUUCCCACUGGAAGCAUGCAAUGAGAGGAAAUCACUGAAAACGUGGCUGCUUCAAGGAUCCUGAGCCAGAUUUCACUCUCCUUGGUGUCGGGCAUGACACGAAUAUUGCUGAUGGUGCAAUGACCUUUCAAUAGGAAAAACUGAUUUUUUUUUUCCUUCAGUGCCUUAUGGAACACUCUGAGACUCGCGACAAUGCAAACCAUCAUUGAAAUCUUUUUGCUUUGCUUGAAAAAAAUUAAAAUAAAACCAACAAAAAAUGGACAUGCAAGAUUCCAGUAUGCGGAAAACAAAA